UUCACUGUUGCCAUUGGCAACAAGGCAACACAACACACACACCGACGCUCACGCACUCACGCACACGCACACACACACACUCACACUUCCUCUGUAAAGUUAUCGUGCCCGUCUGCAGUCUCCUGAAAGUGGCAACGACCUGGAAGAAGUGCUUCUAUUGGACAGUAAACCUGCCGUCCCUGCAUGAAACCUGAGAUUCAAUUGGACCUGGUCCUGCAGCAGCGAAAUUGGAAGGAGAGAGAGAGAGAGAGAGAGAGAGAGAGGGAGAGAGAGAGGGAGGGGCAGAGGGGAUGUCUCACUCAGGACCGUUGUGAAGGAUCUUCUGCAUCAGCAUUUGGGACUCACCUUGUCACCCAGCGAGACGACAUGGCCUCCCCGAGGCACUUCGGUCGGCCGACUGUGGACAUCGCGAACGUGAUGCAGAAGCUGCAGGAUGAGCAGGAGGCGGUGCAGAAGAGGACCUUCACCAAAUGGAUCAACUCUCAUUUAGCAAAGUACAAACCGCCACUGGAGGUUAACGACCUUUUCGAGGACAUCAAAGAUGGGGUGAAGCUUUUGGCUCUUUUGGAGGUUCUGUCUGGUCAAAGACUCCCCCGUGAGCAAGGCCGCCAGCUGAAGAGGAUCCACUGGGUUUCCAACAUCGGCACAGCGCUCAAAUUCCUCGAAGGCAGGAAGAUCAAACUCGUUAACAUUCAUGCCACCGACAUCGCAGAUGGACGACCUUCAAUUGUUCUUGGGUUGAUAUGGACCGUUAUCCUCUACUUCCAGAUUGAGGAGUUAACCAGCAACCUGCCAGCCCUCCAGGCCCUGUCCAACAGCAACUCUUCUGUGGAGAGUUUAGCCAGCUCUGAAGCAGGAAGCCCACCCAUGAAGCGGAAGGUGGUCAACAGAUUUCAGGGCAACGCCAAGAAGGCCCUGCUCCGAUGGGUGCAGUGCACAGCGGCCAAGUAUCAUGGAAUUGAGGUGAAGGAUUUUGGUCCCAGCUGGCGCGAUGGCGUUGCGUUCCAGUCGGUGGUGCACGCCAUCAGGCCGGACCUGGUGGACAUGGAGGUGGUGCGGAGGCGCAGCAACAGGGAGAAUUUGGAGGAAGCCUUCGCACUUGCAGAAAAUGAGCUGGGUAUUCCCCGCCUGCUGGAUGCAGAAGAUGUGGAUGUAGACAAGCCGGAUGAGAAAUCCAUCAUGACAUAUGUGGCUCAGUUUCUCAAGCACUACCCAAACCCGCACCACUCUGAGACCGACGGGCAGCAGGACGAGAGAGAGGAGCGGAAGAUGCUGAGAGAGCUGAAGGUGUUUUUAGAUCAGCUGGAGAGAGAUGUGCUGCGGGCCCAGGGCGCCGAGGGAAACCUCACCGACAAAUAUCAGGCGUUUAAGAGCUUCCGUGUCCAGUAUGAAAUGAAGAAGAAGCAGACGGAUCCUCUGCUGCAGCCCGUCAACAGAGACGGCAAGCUGUCCGUGGACCAAGCUCUGGUCAAGCAGGCGUGGGACCGCGUGUCUGCCAGGCUGCUGGACUGGCACAUCCACCUGGACAAGUCCCUGCCCGGUCCUCUGGGAGUGAUCGGAGCCUGGCUUCACAGGGCGGAGAUGGCUCUGAGAGAGGACAUUCCCAUCCAACAUGCUCACGAGGAGACGGCCAACGUUCUGCACAGAAAACUGGAGCAGCACAAGGAGGUGUUAAAAAACUUGGAAUCACACAAACAAACCUUCCAGCAGAUCCACAGGGACAGGUCCGUGAACGGGGUGCCUGUCCCACCUGAGCAGCUCCAGGAUAUGGCUGAAAGAUUCAAUUUUGUGUCCAUAUCGUCACACGCUCACUUGAUUAAACUGGAAUUCUGGGAAAUGAAGUACCGACUGAUGGCGUUUCUGAUGUUGGCGGAGUCGAAGCUCAAGUCCUGGAUCAUUAAAUAUGGCCGGCGGGACUCAGUGGAGCUCCUGUUGCAAACCUACCUCACUUUUGUCGAAGGCCACAGGUUCUUUGAGCAGUAUGAGAUAAUCCUCACAGGCCUCAAGCAAGCUGCAGAGGUUUAUGUAAAGUCAGACAGUUCAAGGUCUAAGACCUGUAACAAAGUCGACGAAGGAGAAGGGGUCAGUAAAUUCCUCAGCGAGGCCACGGCUCAGUGGAGGAACCUGGCCUUGGAGGUGCGCAGUGUUCGCAGCAUGCUGGAGGAGGUGAUCUCUAACUGGGAGAAGUACAGCAGCACCGUGGCGUCGCUGCAGGCCUGGCUAGAGGACGGCGAGCAGAUGCUCAAUCAGUCCGAGAAGGCCAAACGCGAUUUCUUCAGGAACCUCUCUCACUGGAUGCAGCAGCACAUGGACAUGAACGACGCCGGGAACUUUCUCAUCGAGACGUGCGACGACACGGUCUCACGAGAUCUGAAGCAGCAGCUUCUCCUCCUGAACGGGAGAUGGAGGGAGCUGUUUGUCAAAGUCAAACAUUACGCGAGAGCGGACGAAGUAGAUAAGUUGAGACAAGACUACCAAGAUGGGAUAAAUGCCCUGAAAACAUUCAUGGAUGCAACCAACGAGAAGAUGACGGCUCCCGUCCAAGUGUCUUUUCUGAACGUCCGAGCCUUUGUUCAGGACGUCGAGGAAGUCAAGCACAAAGUGCCCGCUAUGGAAGCCGCCUGUAAGGCAGCGAGCCGCACCGCUCAGCUGUUGACCAAAGACACGCCGCAGGAGGAAGUGUCCCUGAUGACGGCUGUGAUGGCCGCGGUCAAAGAGCAGCUGGGAAAGGUGAGAGAGAGGUGUUUGCCUCUGCUGAGGGAGUCCCAGUCUCUACUACCUCCACUGGAAGAAAUGGAGAAGAACAUCACGGGCUUCUACCAGGCUCUGGAGAAGGCCAGUCACAUCACCAGCACCGGAGACUCUGAGGGACCGGUAGACUUCAAACAGAAAUGCCAGGAGCUGGUGACCUUCACACACAGCUGCAAGAAGUGUUUGACAGCAAUAGAGAGGACCCACCAGAGCAUCCAGAAAAUAAUGAACAGCAGUAACACCCUGGAGUACAUGGACAUGAGCCUCCUGCAGAAGAGAGUAGCAGACCUGCAGUCCUCCUCACAGGGCAUGAUUAAGGAAUCGACAGAGUGGCGGAAGCAUGUGGAGGCCAACAGCAGCCUCAUGAAGAGGUUCGACGAGUCACGGAUCGAGCUGGAGAAAGUUCUUAAAGUGGCACAGAACUGUCUGACGGAAAGAGGCCACCCGGAGGAGCUGCUCAAGAAACACACCGAGUUCUUUGGGCAGCUGGAUCAGCGGGUCCUGAAUGCUUUCCUCAAGGCCUGUGACGAGCUGACAGAUAUUUUGCCAGAGCAGGAGCAGCAGUCGCUACAGGAAACAGUCAGGAAGCUGCACAAACACUGGAAGGACAUUCAGUCGGACUCCCCCUUCCACCUCCUGCAUCUCAAAGUGGAGGUGGAGAGGAGCAAGCUGAUGGCGCUGCUGCAGGAGUGCCAGGCGGAGGUGACCAGGGAGAACCGCCACCUGGCCGGCACGGGCAGCGAGAGGCUCGUCAAGGAGCACAGGGCCUUCUUCAGGGAAAAGGGCCCCCAGUCAGUCUGCGAGAAGAGGCUGCAGCUGAUGGAGGAACUUUGUCAGAAGCUCCCCGAGGCUGACCCGGCCCACCAGACCCUGGAAACGUCGAAAAAGGACUACUCCGAGGUCCGAGAGGAAGUCGAGAGCACCCACCAGAAGCUCAUGCAGCACCCGGAUAAAUGGAAGGAGUACAACUCGAGGUACGCUGAACUGUCCUGCUGGCUCAUAUCUAAAGAAAGUCAACUGAGGCUGCUGAGGAACCGAGCCAACGACCCCAGGAAGUACGGCCAGGUGAAGGCCACCAUCACGGAGCUGAGGACUGACGCAGAGUUACAGGAGGGGAAUCUGGGCUGGUUGAAAGCCCGCAUGGCCGUGCUCAUCGAGAUCUGUACCGACGGCGAUGCCCAGAGGCAAGGAAGCGCCCUGGGCAAGCUGUCUACGGACUUUAAGGGUCUUCUUGCUUCUCUCCUCGAGGCGGAGAAGAUGGUGCUGGCUGUGGGCGACUGUGUGCAGUUCAGGGAAGAGGUACAAACUAUUUUGGAUGAUCUGGUCCAGGGGCAGAAAGAGGCUCAGGCCGAGGUCACCAAAAUACUGGACUGUCCAACUGUGAGGGAAGCCCAGCAACUGCUGCUCGUUCACCAGCAACUGUUAAAACGUUUGAAGAUGAAGAGGAAGGACGUCCAGCAGAUGAUCACCAGAGGCCAGCAGCUCCAGGCCGAGGAGGGUUUGGGAGAGACUCUGCAGCAGGACCUGCAGACUUUAGAGAACACGCUCGGCAAAAUGGAGCAGAACAUGGAUUCACAGGAGCAGAGCCUCGAGGUCACUCUGGCAGCCUGGCAGGAGUUUGACAGCCAGCAGGAGGCGGUUCACGAGUUUGUGAGUAAGGCCCGCUCGACGAUGGAGAGGGACCUGACCUUCAGCAGUCCAGAGAGCCUGGCUGUUGAACUGGACCAGGCCAGAGUGUUGUUGAAGCAGUGUGAAGCAGAGGCCUCACACAUGAACACUUUACUGAAGAGGGCAAAAGAGAUCCAGCUGGGUCCAAAGAACAAGACUCUGCUUUCACAACGAGCGUGUUCCCUCAGCGAGCAAGUGGACAGCGUGGAGGCUCGUCUCAAAAAAGAUGUCAGGACUCUGGAAGAAAUGAAAGCUCAGUGGGAUCAGUUUGGAUCCGGGUUUGAAACCUUCUCCUUGUGGAUAUCUGACAAGGAAAAGCAGCUGGAGGUUCUGAAGUCUUCUACUCUGCCUCUUGAGCAACAGAUCGCCACAGUAAAGGCCGUCGGUGCAGAGCUUCAGGAGCGAGCUGAGGUUCCCUGUCAGCUGGAGGCAGACUCACAGGCACUGGCCCAGUUUGUGUCUUCGGGGGAGGCGGCUCGCAUCAAGGCCCGGCUGACCCAGAUCGGCCGGUACUGGGAGGAGCUGAAGGAGAGCGUACAGCAGCUUGACGGGCAGCUGGAGGAAAGCUCCUCCCAACAACAGAAGUUCACAAUUAGCCUCGAGGAGGUGCGAGCAUCUCUCAGUGAGCUGCACACAAAGCUGGAGCGUCCCAUCAAAUCCUGCACCUCCUCAUCCGAGACGUACAAAGCUCUUCAGAACCACAUGGAUGUCUGUCAGAACCAGGAGCAGCUGAAGGGAACCUUGCUGUCCCUGUCAGCUGGUGCCAGAAGACUCAGCGACAGAGAGCCAGCGGAGAGGAUCGUGACGGAGCUGGACGACGGCUACGAGCAGAACGUGCAGCAUGCGAAGGACAAACAGAGCACUCUGGAGAACCUGCUUUCUCUUUGGCAAAAGUAUGAGAAGCAGCGAUCGACCUUUGUUUCCUGCUUGGAGAGAAGCGAAGCUGCAUGCAAACCGGAGAGUCAGUAUCUGUCAGCCGACAAAGCCAAGCUGCGCACAGAGCUACAAGACAUUCAGGUCUUCCUCUCUGAGGUGCAGUUCCUCCAGCCUGCUCACGCUGAAUUGGUAUCUUUGGGCACCUCUCUGUGUCCGACUGCACCAGAAGAGAGAGCGAAGCAGCUGAAAGACGAGCUGGAGACCCUGCAGACGAGACUGCACCUUCAAAAUCAAGUCCUCCCUCAAAGAAUCAAAGAGCUUCAGAGCCACCUCUCGCUGGUGGAGCAGUUCGACCAGGCGCUGCUCAAAUUCUCCCAAUGGGGGGAGGCCAUGCUCUCAAAUCUGCACUCGACUUCACAAAUCAACGUCAGCAACCUGCAGUCCGCCACCAAACAAGUGAAGGAGACCCAGGGUUCCUUGCAGAAGCAGUCCAGUGUGAGACAGAGCUUGGAGCAGCAGACCGAGAAGCUCUGUCAGUUCUGUGAGCCCAGUGACGCUCAGCUCCUCCGCGGCAGAGCGGACGGCUGUCUGCAGCCCUUCCUGGAGGCCCGGCACAUCGCCGAGCUCCAGUUAGAGUGCCUCGAAAGGCUCGAGGCCUUUCUGCAGACUCACGGUGUGGCUGCCGGGGUGCUGCGGGGUCUGAAGCAGACCGUGGAGAGCGCCGGGAGCUGGGACCGCGGAAAAGUAGAGGAGCUGCAGCAGGAGCUUUCCACCAUCGUCCCGGACAUCAGCCAGCUCGAGACGCUAGCCGUCAAUCUGGACGGCAGCCUCUGCAAGAGCCAUCUCCACAUCGGCGCCGGCGAGGGCUCCCGUAAGUCAUGCCGCAUGCUGGCCGAUUCCCUCAGUGCUGAGCUGGAUGCAGUGAGGAACCUGCUGGGGACGAAGCAGAGUGAAGCGGAGGCCCUGGGGUCUCUGUGGACCUCAUUUAGACAGCGAAAAGAACAGCUGCUCAAAGCUGUGGAGGACAUUGAAGAACAUGCUGACCACCAGAGCUUCAAGGAGCCCAGCCUGCAUGCACUACAGCAGAGGCUGAGGUUCUUCAAUCAGCUGGAGGACGAGCUUCAGUCACAUCAGCACGAGGAACAGUGGCUGAGGGACAAGGGGAACCAGCUGGCCCAGAGAGAUGCAGAGCUGGCUGGGGAGGUAUUGAGGGAAAUCAGUCUGCUGGAGACCACAUGGGAGGACACCAAGAAGCUCAUCACAGAGAGACAGGAGCAGUGCAAUGUCCUCGUUGAGCUUAUGAAAGAAUACCAAAUACUGAAAACCUCCAUCAGCAGCAUUAUUGAAAGCACCGAACCUUUUGUCGAGAUAAGCUCUGUUUUGAAGGACCACGAGGAAACCAGGAGGUCACUAACCAAGCACGAGGCGGUGAAGAUAGAGAUGGCUAGCAGGCAACAUGAACUGGAUCAGUUCUCCGGUAAAGGAAAACAACUGGUGAUAGAAGUGAAGAAGAUCCCCGAGUGUAACGCCGAGGUGAUGAAGAAGGACAUGGAGACCCUUGUGGACCAGUGGCUGGACGUGUCUGAGAAGAUAGACGAUAACAUCGAUCGCCUGAACCAGAGUUUGACGCUGUGGGAGGACGUGCGUAAGAUCAGCGAGGACACCGAGAGCUGGACGAGCAUCUGUGUGAGUGAACUGAACGAGAGCCUGAACAACCUCAACGACAGCCAGAAGGUGUCGGCAAGGCUCUCCGUGUUACAGGGCGAAAUGGGCGAGAAGGAGCAGAGACUUGAAAUCCUGCAGAGCAAAUUAUCAGAGCUCAAGAAGUUCAGUCAAAGUCAAGAGACGCCUGCUAAGUUACAGGGGUUGGAGAAUGACCUUCGUAAAAAGAUCAGCACUGUUCAGAAGCUGCAUGAGCAGGCCAGGGGAAACCUCAUGGACUUCACUUCUCAAAAGAAACAGCUGGAAGACUACAUCUCACAGAUGUCUGCAUGGCUCAGAAGUAUGGAGGACUCCCUCGUUUCUUCGCCCAGUGGAUCAGAUCCUGAGGACAUCUGCAGAGUGAAGGACCUUCAGAAAGAGCUGCAAAACCAGCAGGGGAGUAUUGACGCCACGAGGGAGAGCCUCAACACGCUGUGUCGAAAAUAUCCCUCUGAGGAGCUGGCUGGUUUGGGAUCAGCUCUAACUGACCUCAUUAAGACUUACGAGUCUGUGAACCAGCUUUCUGCCAGGACGCUGGCAUCGCUGCAGAACUGCCUUCAGCAGCAGUUCAACGAUCUAGUUCAGGAGUUCCAUCGCUGGCUUUCAGAACAGAGGGAGAUCGUGAAAGAGUGCUCCGACAGGUCUGGAGACACUCAAAUUGUGGAGCGCAAACUACAGAAACUAAAGGGCGCCAUGGAUCGCGUGGAGGAGGGUGAGGUGCGUCUCACUCAGGUCUGUGAGGAAGGAGAGAAGCUCCUACUCCAUCUUCCCAAAGCCAGCGCUGGCCAAGUGCAGCAGCACCUCUCCUCCAUCCAGCAGGACUGGGACAGCUUCGUGGAGCAGUGCAGACAGAAUCAACAGAUCCUGGAAGACAGCGCGUCGCUCAUGAAGGGGUUUGAGGGUCGCCUGAAGAAGCUCCGCUGGUGGUUGGAGCACAUGGAGAAGAGGAUGGCCACAGAUCUGCUCGAAGCCAAGCAGCGCGGUCCUGAAAAGGCCGCCCUCGAGCAAGUGGAGGAAUAUCAGCAGGAAGUGCUCAAAGAAAGGGAUUCCUUUGAACGCCUCGGUCAGGAGGGCCAGGCGCUGAAUGAAGGCGGGCGAGGCGACGGGAGUGAGACCAGAGUGUCCGCUCAGCUGCAGUCGCAGCACCAGGCCUUACUGAGGCGUGUGAGAGAGAGACUGCGCAGCUGCCAGCUGACUUUACAGGAGCAACAGGCCUUUGAAGAUACGUUGCAGACCACCUGGAUGUGGCUCAACGGCGUCCAGGAGCGCCUGGCUUCCCUCAACAGCACCGUUGGCAACAAAGAGACUCUUGAGAAAAGACUCGGUCUCGUUCAGGAUAUCCUGCUUAUGAAGGGUGAAGGUGAGGUGAAGCUCAACAUGACGGUGGGAAAAGGAGAACAGGUUCUGAAGCACAACCGAUUGGAGGGACAGGAGGCCAUUUGUUCACAGCUACAGAGCCUGAAGGACGCCUGGGCCAACAUGUUGAUGACCUCCAUGAGUUGCCACAGUCGUCUGGAGUGGACAGUGGCCCAGUGGACCAGCUUUCAGGAAAGUAAGAGCCAUCUGCAGCAGUGGAUGGAGUCAGUGGAGCAGGAGGUGGGGAUGACUCUGCCUCAGCAGCCCGGCCUCAAGGAGAAGUCCGCUCUGCUCGAGCGCCUCAGGGCCAUCCAGGCCGACGUGGACGCUCAUGCAGCGGCGCUGUCACGCCUGACCGAGAAGGCGGUGGAGAUGCUCGAGAAAACCGGAGACCAAGCGUUCGGACCGGAGUCGAGGGCGGAGCUCAAUGCGCACUUUGCCGACAUCUCAGCUGUUGUCAAGGGUAAAGUCCAGUCCAUGCAAAGCAUUGUGUCUGAGCAUGAGCAGUAUGUUGACGCUGUGAGAGACUUCAAUGACUGGCUGAUUUCAGCAAGAGAGGAACUGCAACGCUGGUCAGAGCUCUCCGGAGACUCGACCUCCAUCAAGAGAAAGCUCUGCAAGGUGCAGGAGUUGCUCGACUCGAAGCAGCGAGGCAGGGAGAGGCUGAACCGGGUUCAGAGGUGCGGGGCUGUGUCGAGAGACCACACUGGCUCCGGGGGCUACGAGGCUAUGGAGCGAGAGGAAGCGGCCCUCCUUUCGUCCUGGGACCAGUGGGAACGCGGAGCACUGCAGACCCGGGCCAGUCUGGAGACCGCCCUCUCCCAGAUAACCAGCUCUGAGCAAGAGUUCAGCAGCCUGUCGGCGCAGCUGGAGCAGGACCUGCACGACUUCAGCCGUCAGCUCAAGGACUGGCGUCUGUGGUUGGCUCAAGCAGCGAGACAAAACGAAGGAGAGGAGGCCGUGAAGGGCUGGCAGAUAGCAAAGGACACUUUGGAGGAACUCGUCAAAGCUGAGCCCGUGUCCGACAGUCUGAAGACUCAACUCAACGAUCUGUGCCGAUUCUCCAGAGACGUGGGGACACAAUCUGAGAGAGUGUCUGCUCUCAUUAAGGAGUACAACAGUCUGAGUCUGCAGGCGUCCCGGGAGUGCCAGAGUAAAGAGAAGCUGCUGGAACAAGGCUUCCGCUCGGUCUUCAGAGAGUUCCAGAAAUGGUUGGUCAACGCCAAGAUCAACACGGCCAAGUGCUUCGACGUCCCCCAAAAUGUUAACGAGGCCUCGUCGAGCCUGCAGAAGAUUCAGGAGUUUCUAAGCGACAGAGAUCAAGGCCAGUCGAAGCUCAAUGCCGUGGUUGUGCACGGCGAGCUGGUCAGCAGUAACGCAGCCAAAGACAAAGUGGAUGCCGUUCGGGCUAAAGUGAACACGGCCAGAGAGGACUGGAAGCACAUGAUGACCAACCUGCACAGCCGAGAGACGAGUCUGCAAAACGUCUCGUCUCAGAUGAAAGACUUCGAGGCGAGCGCCGAGCCUCUUCACGAGUGCCUGAACGCCACCGAGCUGGCCGUGCACGAGAGCUGCACGCGGCUCCACGAUCUCUCCGCCAAGAAGCAAGAGCUCCACAAGCUCCAGGAGAAGGCGUCACGGAUCGACCGGAUAGCCACGGAGCAUCAGCUCUUCUCCCAAGGGUUGAAUGAGCUGCAGAACUGGGUGGCUGACACCAGCCACAUGCUGCAGACCUACUGCGCCCCGACCGCCGACAAAAACGUCCUCGACAGCAGGACGAUCAAGCUGGAGGCCUUGCUGACUGCUCGGCAGGAGAAGGAGAUCCAGCUGAAGAUGCUGAUCACGAGAGGAGAGUCGGUUCAGAGGAACACCUCAGCUGAAGGAGUGCCCGUCCUCCAAAAACAAAUACAGGACCUAAAGGACUCCUGGGAUGCUCUGCUUUCCGCCUCCAUACAAUGCAAAAGUCAGCUGGAGGGUUCCCUGUCUCAGUGGACCAGCUACCAGGAGGAUGUGCUCCAGUUUGUGGCGUGGGUGGAGCGCGUGGAGGAGAGUCUCGACCCCACUGACAAGCAGUGCCCAGAGAUGAGAGACAAAACUGCUAAUCUGGGCAAAGCCAAGUUGCUGCAUGAGGAGGUGCUCAGCCACAGCACCCUGCUGGACACCAUCACUGCAAAGGGGGCCGGUAUCGCCGAGAACUACGUCUCCCAACUGGAGCUCCAAGAUCUGCAGGAGCGCUACAGCACUAUCAAAGACAAUGCCGUGCGGGCUGUGGGCAAAGCAGAGGAGCUGGUGAAAGCCCACGAGGAGUAUCAGCGGGGCCUCCAGGCGUUUGAGGACUGGCUGGAACAAGAACAAGAGAAGCUCGGCUGCUACACUCAACUGGAGGGGGACGUCGAUAUGCUGGAGGAGACGCUGCAAAAGCUACAGGAGCUGCAGCUGCACUGCACGGAGGGCCAGGCGUUGCUCAACGCCCUGUCGGUCAGCCGGGAGCUCGUCAUCCACUGGGGCCCGCCGCAGAUGGAAGACCGGGCGCUGGAGACCCUGCAGCAGCAGUGGAGGCUGUACCAGAGCCGGCUGGCCGAAAGCCGGGCCCAGCUCAACAGCGCUCUGGCCAAACUGCGGCAGAUGGAGCAGAAGUUCCAGCGUCUCGACAGCUGGCUGAAAGGCAUGGAGACCAAAGCACAACUGCGUCGCCACCGGCGGUCCGACCGCGCCACCAAAGACGCUCAACUUCAGUUAAUAAAGAGCUGGCAGGAGGAAGUGCUGGUUUACCAAGAGGAGAUGGAGGGCCUCAGCCUCUUGGCUCAGCAGGUUCUGGAUGAGACCCAUAUUAGCAGCCGGAUAAGUUCCAGAGCGACCCAGAUCACGGCCCGCUACCACAUCCUGCUUCUGCAUUUACUGGAGACGAUCAAACAGCUCCAGGAGGAGGUGUCCUGCAUUGAAGAGGCCCAGUGUGUCUUCAACACCUUCUCCGAUUGGCUCAGCGCAGCUCAGAAUAACUUCAGCACCGUGGCCAUCAGUGUUGAUGUGGUGGACCGCUUCGCUAUGGACAGAAAGAUGAAGAAACUGGAGGCUCUUCAGGCAGACAUGGAGCAGGGUCACUCUUACCUGAAGACGAUGAGGGAGAAGACGGAGAGAGCCAUGGCGUUCCUAGAGGAGCCUGAAGCAGAGCAGCUGAAGGAGGAAGUGGACGGCCGCCUCUUCCAACUGAAGGAGUUGAUGGAAGCUCUGCGAACAGAGCACAGCUCCCUCGAGAAGUGCAUCUCGCUCUCUAAAGACUUUAUGGAUAAGUACAAGUCCCAGGCCCAGUGGGCGAUGGAGACCAAGAACCUCUUAGCGUCUAGCGUGGAGCCCAAAGCCGAACUUUACCAGAAGAAGGCUCAGCUGGCAAAGUACAAGACCAUCCAGCAGACGGUGCAGUCUCAUGAAUCCGCGGUGAAAUCUGUCUUUGAGAAAGGAGAAGCGCUGCUGGACACAGUCCACGACCCCACGAUAAGGGACAACAUGAAGAAGCUGCAGGCCGACUACCAAGAUCUCUGCAUAGCAGCUACGACGCAGGUUCAAAACCUCGUGGAGUGGGUGAAGGAGCACGAGGAUUACAACGGCGAAUUGCAAGAGGUUGAGAAGUGGCUCUUACAGAUGUCCAGUAGAAUGGUCACCUCGGACUCCAUGCAGACCAGCGGCAUGGAGAUGGCGACUCAGCAACUUGCCCGACACAAGGCAAUAAUGGAGGAGAUCGCCAGUUUUGAGGAGCGUCUCACCAGCUUGAAGCAGAAAGGAGAAGGUCUCAUAGCCAGCUGUACGGACCAAGUUCAAGCUAAGAUCGGCCAACAAGUCCAGGCUCACCAACAGGGAACCAGAGAUAGCUACGCUGCCAUCUGCAGCACUGCCCAGCGCGUGUACCAGAGUCUGGACCGGGAGCUGCAGAAACACGUGAACCACCAGGACACUCUGCAGCAAAGUCAGACCUGGCUCUUCACAGUGCAGGAGGAGCUUCAUCUCAACGACCAGGGACCGUCGGGUCUGCAGGAAGCGCUCAAGCAGGUGAAGAACUACAGGGCCCUCCAGGAGCAGGCCAGCACCUACCUGGACCUGGUGUGCUCUGUGUGUGACCUGUCUGAUGACGCCGUGAGAGUGACCGCUGCUCAGGUGCAGCAGGUCAAACUAACGAUAGAGGAAAGGAUGUCCAGUGCACAGGAGCUCUCAGAGGGCUGGAGGGAGAUCAAGGAACAGAAGCAAGAUUUGAGCAGCUUGUUUCAGGACAUGGAGCAGCAGCUCCUCAGCCUCUCCAGAAGACCUGCAGAGCUGGAGACCAAGAUAGCUCAAAACAUGCUGUCUCAAGCCAAGCAAUGCAGCCAGCAACUGCAGUCUAAACAGAGCAUCCUGACCAGGAUGACGGAGACCGUGAGCAAAUUGACUGGCGGCCUGGACUCUCCAGAACAUGCAGAGCUCGACCGCCUGGGCCACUCCUGGCUGGAGCUCUGUAACCAGGCCGACAAGCUGCAGAUCCAGAGAGAGGAGGACCUGCAGAGGUCCAAAGAAUACCACGACUGCAUCACCGCAGUGGAGGCGCUGUUUGAACAGGUGUCCAAAGAGUGGGACAAUCUGGCCAGAACGGAUGCAGAAAGUUCAUCUCAGCACUUGGAGGCAUUGAGGAAGCUCGCGGUAACUCUGGAAGAACAAAAAGGCACCCUCGAGGACCUCAAGGAACAGAAACAAAAGGUCAUCCAACAUCUGAACUUGGACGACAAGGAGCUGGUGAAAGAGCAGAUCAGCCACUUUGAGCAGCGAUGGUCUCAGAUGCAAAACCUGAUCGAGAGGAAAGUCCAGGACUCCGUGGUGACCCUGGAAGACAUGGGCCAUGUGGAGGCCCGUCUGAGAGAGGCUCGGGACUGGGCCGAAGAGCAGCAGCCCGCCCUGUCCGAGGCCAUGAAGAUGAGUCCUCCUCCUGAGCUGGCUCAGAGCUUCCUGUUUGACCACCUGAGCAUCUGCAGCGAGUUGGAAGCCAAGCAGCUGCUGCUGGCACAGGCCACGGCCGACGCCGACAGGGUGCUGGCCCGGCUGGGCCUCAGCGAGCGGCAACGCCUCCAGCAGCUCAUCGUCGACACUCGACACGAGGUGGAAUCUCUGAGUGUGAAGGUUGUGCAGCGCAGGAAACACCUCAGCAAGGCCUUCACGGAGAGAACGCAGUUCCUGAUGGCGGUGAGCCAGUCCAUUUCCUGGGUGCAGCAGAACGAGAAGAAGGCUCAGGCUGAGGAGUACAUUGCUUUGUUACCCGACGACCUGGCCAAGCAGGUGAGAACAUGCAGGAACAUCCAGAGCAGCCUGAAGGCCUAUCAGAGCGAGCUGACCUCCCUGUGGUCUCAGGGGAGGGACCUGAUGAGGGACGCCAGCGAGGAAGAGAGGAAUGAGAUUCUCACAAAGCUCCAGGAGCUACAGAACAUCUUCGACAAGACAUUACAUCGAUGUGGCCAGAAACUUCAGGAGCUUGAAAAGGUCCUUGUUUCCAGAAAGUAUUUCAAGACCGACUUGGAGAAAAUAUCCCUGUGGAUAAAACAAGCGGAUAUAGUCACCUUCCCUGAGAUCAAUCUGAUGGUUGGAGAUGCUGAAUUGGAAGUGCAGCUGCUCAAGUAUCAACAGAUAGUCGAGCAAGCAAUCGAUUACGAGAACCUGCUCCUGAUUGUACAAAGAGCAGGUCAGGAAAUACUGCCCAGCCUGAAUGAAGUAGACCACUGCUAUCUGGAUGAAAAACUGAACACGCUCCCCCAGCAAUAUAACAGCAUCUUAGCACUAGCCAAAGAAAAGCAGGAGAAGAUCCAGCAGGCCAUCCUCACGAGGAACGAGUACACCUCGUUCAUCGACGUCACCCACAAAGCCCUGAAGGAGCUGGAGGAGCAGUUCAACCAUCUCGGCACGCAGCCUGUGGGCCUCCAAACGGAGGAGGUCGUCAGUUUGCAGAACGAUUACAAAAUGAUCCAGGCGGACCUGAGCAACCUCGGCCUCGCCGUGAGCGAACUGAACCAGAAGAAAGAGGGCUUCCGCAGCAGCGGUCAGCCGUGGCGCCCGGAUGAAAUGACCCAGCUGGCGAGCCUGUACAACGGCCUAAAGAGGUUGGUUGAACAGAAAGUGGAGCACCUGGAUGAAACCUUGGAGUCGUUCGAGGACCACAAGGCGAUGGCCAUGCAGGUGGACUCCGAGUUAAAGGCCACCAAAGAGCAGCUGGUGAAGGUUAACGCCGAGACGCAGUCGGCCGAGGAGAGGCUGAAGAACUACCACGCUCUGGCGGGGAGCCUCCAGAGCGCCAACUCUCACUUGUCGAGGCUCAUGGAGCAGAUGGACACCCUCGCGCCCCGCGUGGAGCGAGCGGCCCACGAUGCCUCCAAGGAGCAGGUGGUCCUGUGGCAGGACGAGCUGCGGUCGUUGCAGGCCGCGGUCGGGGAUCUGAUCGAAGAGUGCGAGAACCGGUUCGUCCUAAGCAAAGACUUUGAGACGGAGAUGAAGAGGACCCUGGACUGGCUGCAGCAGGUCAGGGACGAGCUGGGCUGCGCCGUGAUCGUCGACGUGAGGGUGGAGAAGGUGCAGGAGGAGAUCAGGAAGCAGCAGAUCAUGCAGGAGGAAGUGCAGUCGAGGCUGAGAAUCGUGGCCGCCCUCAGCAGCCGGGAGAAACAGCAGUUCGUCGACGCGAAUGAGCUCGUCCCCGCCCACGUGGACACGAGCCUCGAAGAAAUGGCAAAGCUGCAGGCGGACGUUCAGAAAGCACUGAGCUCCAAACAGAUUACUCUGGAGGAAGCCCUGGGCUUGUGCCAGAAGUACCACUUCAGGAUGCAGUCGGCCUGUGAAUGGCUGGAGGACGCCGUGUCCUUCCUGCAGCUGGCGAGCCUCGGCGUGGACGUGGAGAACUACGAGGAGUGUCUCCGACAGCAAGGGGACAUCAUGGCCACCGAGCAGGAGUUCCUCGUCCACCUGGAGGAGCUGCAGGCCCUGCUGCCCCAGCUGGAGAACCUGGUCAACCCCAAAGCCAAAGAUCAGCUCCGCGUGAGCGUGGAUUCAGCCGAGCAGAGGGGCGUGGAGGUCCGAGAUCAGCUGCAGUGUCACCAGGAUGUCCUUCAGAGCUGUGUGGCUCAGUGGAAGUCUUACCAGGAGUCGAGGCAGACCGUCAUCGAGCUCAUGAACGAGGCGGAAAAGAAGCUGACUGAAUUUUCCACCGCAAAGGCCGCCACGAGUCGAGAGGCUGAAGAUAAGCUCUGCAGUCAUCGGUCCCUCAUCUGCCUGGUGAAUGGCUUCCAAGAGAAGCUGAGUGGCUUAGAGGAGCAAGCGGCCCAGCUGGAGCUGGUGGGGAGCGACGCCAGCAAGGCCACCAUCAGUCGCUCCAUGACCACCGUGUGGCAGCGCUGGACGCGACUACGCAGCGUGGCGCGGGGACGGGAGCGAGUCCUCGAGGACACGGCGCAGGACUGGAGGACUUUCAGAGAGAAGAUGGUGAAGGUGAGAGCGGUCGCCGACGAGCUCCAAGGUCGUUUCCCCGACAGCGCCGUGGAGAAGGCUUCCAAGGCCGCCCUGCAGUCUCUGUUGGACCAGCACGACGUGCUGAGCCAGGACUUGGAGAGAGAGCUCUCCUCCCUCACGCUGCUGCGCCAGUACGCUCUCAGCCUGCUGCACGACGUGGAGGUGCCUUCGCCCACGACGGAGCAGGAUGAGCGGCCCAGCCUGAAGGAGAUCCGAGCUGUUCAAGACCAAAUGGAAAGCCUCCUGACACAAUCCAGGACCAAGCGGGCUCAAACAGCUCAGGAACUGAGGGACCGAGAGGAAGUGGAGAAGGAACUUAGCGUCGUGAAAGCCUGGAUCCAGGAAACCAGGGAGCUUCUUCUGAAUCCCACACCGGAUAUUGAUUCUCUGCUGCGGGAGCUUGAGGUGGUACAUGAAGAAGUGAUCACGUAUCGUCAGAACGUGGAAAAACUAGCAGAGCAGCAGCAAAGCAAAUAUCUGGACCUCUACACCAUAUUGCCCUCUGAGAUCUCCAUGCAGCUGGCGGAGGUCUCACUUGCAUUGGGUGCCAUUGAGGAUCAGGUUCUUUCGAAAGAGAGAGAGAUCCAGAAAACCCGCGAAAUAAAAGAGGACUUCAGCUCUAGAAUCCACGACGUCUCCGAGAAACUCAAGGCGGUCUCGGCUAAAUUCAAGGAAAAAUCUCCCGACGUGGAUCACGCCAAAGAAGAGGUCAAGAGUCUGGCUGAGGACCUGGACGGUUGCGGUCGCACCCUCUCAGACAUGGACGCUGCCGUGCAAGAGUUUGGCCGCAGGAACCCCCUGCUGGCCAAACAGCUCAGUGACGCCAUCAGCAAGCUGUCGGAGAUGCAUCACCACACUACACGGCUCGCAGACUGCAGGAACAACUGGCUCAAAAAGGCUGUCUGCUACUUAGACGAGUACAAUGAGAUGCUGGACUUCAUUGUGAGGUGGUCGGAGAAAGCCAAAAGCCUGGUGAGGGCGAACAUCAUCUGGAACUCCUCCGUUCAUCUGCAGGAGCAGAUACGAAUGUAUCAGGCUGUCCUACGAGAGUCUCGGGAGCUCCACGGAGACCUGGAAUCAAUGGCGGAGAAGGUGGACCUUCUGUCUGAGGUGCUGCAGGUCGAGUCCAUGAGCCAGCAGGUUUGUGAGCUUAGUCGACACACUGAGGAGCUGCAGCAGUGCAUCAAGACACGACUGCAGAGCUUGGAGGAUGCAGAUAAGAGUAUGGAAGCCCUAGAGUAUGAAGUCAAGGCUCUACAUGUUGCUCUGGAGCAGGUCCAAGCCACACUGACCUCCCCAGAGUUGGCACGCCAGAGCCUCAAAGAACAGCUGGCUCAGAGACAACGUCUGUUGGCGGACAUGGAGAGCUUCAAGCAGCAGGUGCAGGCCGUGCAGCUGUGUCAGAGCGCUCUGCGGGUCCCAGAGGAGGUGAUGCCCAACCUCGCCAUCUGUCGCACGGCGCUGCGUCUGCAGCAAGAGGCCAGUCAGUUGCAGCACGUGGCCAUUCAGCAAUGCAACAUCCUACAGGAAGCAGUGGUGCAGUACGAACAAUACGAACAGGAAGUGAGAGACCUCCAGGGGCUGAUCGAGGAAGCGCACCGUGUCAUUCAGGACCGACCGAUCCCCACAAACAACAUCCAGGAGCUGCAGGCCCAGAUCCUUCACCACGAAGAACUGGCCCAGAAGAUCAAAGGUUACCAAGAGCAGAUCGCCUCCCUGAACUCAAAGUGCAAGAUGCUGGCCGUGAAGGCCAAGCACGCCACCAUGCUGCUGACGGUGAGUGACGUGGAGGGACUGCAGGAGCCGGAUGGGGAGAAGUCCAAGAAAUCUUCAGCGCACGCCUUUAUGAUGACGGCCGGCCGCUGUCACACCCUCCUCUCUCCUGUAACUGAGGAGUCUGGGGAGGAGGGCGCUAACAGUGAGGUCUCUUCUCCUCCGGUCUGUCGCUCUCCUUCUCCCAUCUCUUACACUGAAGCCAAUGUAACCAAGAUGGGAAGAGGAACACUCACAAGAGCUCCGAUCCAAGAAUUGUAUGACCCGGCAUUUGAAUCCGUGGCCAAUUUGGAUGACCUGCAGCGCUCGUGGGAGACGUUAAAGAAUGUGAUCAGCGAGAAGCAGCGGUCUCUGUACGAAGCUCUUGAGAAGCAACAGCAUUACCAGGGUUCACUGCAGUCCAUCUCCUCUCAAAUGGAAGCUCUGGAGGGCAAACUGAGUGAGCCCCUGGAGGCGGAGAGGAGCCCAGAUAGCCACAUUAAGACGCACGCGGGUCUGAUAAAAGAGAUCCAGAGCGUCCAGGAGGAAAUAGACAGGCUGCAGACCAGCUUCACGGAGGAUCUGGCCUCUGAUGCGGCGGACUCGGAUGUGGCCGACCAGCUGGCCAUGCACUCCUCCCUGGCUGUGUUGGCUGAGAGGAUGGCCACCAUCCACAUGAAGGCCUCGGGGAAACAGCAGAUACUGGAGGAACGCAUUAGCGACCGUCUGGAGGGUGAGCAGCAGGAACAGGCCAUCCAGCUCCAUCACAGCCAGGCAGACCAGCUGGACCAAUGGCUGACCAGAAUGCGCAGCGCUGUGACCUUCAUCCUAGAACCUCAACCUCUAGAGGAGACGGAUAUGGAGGACCAGCUUUCUGAAUGUCAGGACAUGCUGCUGGAGAUUGAAGAGAAGGUGCUGGCCCUGUCGGAGCUGUCCAUGCACAGCGAGAACCUGCUGCUGGAGGGCCGGACGGAGACCAGAGAGGAAGCUGAACAUUUGGCCGGGAAGUUGCGCAUGUUGAAGGGCAGCCUGUUGGAGCUGCAGAGGAUGCUGCAGGACAAGAUGAUUAACAUCCAGAGCUCUCUGCAGGAGCAGGAGGACAGUGGAUCAGACUCCAGCCUCUCUCAGAGUCCCAGUGUGCAGGACUGGCUGGUCCAAGCCCGGACCACACGUUCCCAACAACACCAGGACAGUCUGCAGAGACAGAGGGAACUGGAGGAGCAGCUUGCAGAACAGAAGAAGCUGCUUCAGUCGGUGGCCAGCAGAGGAGAGGAGAUCCUCAUCCAGCAGGCCUCGCCGAGCAGUGCCAGCACAUCAGAGCCGUUUUCACCGGCAGCUUUGGUUGAGAGGGAAUCUCAGGCCGCCAGAGAGCAGAUGAGGCAGAAAUGGGAGAGCCUGAGACUCGAGCUCAAAACCAAGCUGCAGCUCCUGCAGAAAACCCUGGAGCAGGACCACAAGCAGCCGGUCUACUCCCGAGCUUCUCGCGUGACCACGGCUGGUUCUCUGUUCAAAGGAGAAACACGGGCUGACAAAUCCUCCCUGAAUACUCUGUACGACAGCUUCAGACAAGCCAUGGAAGACAUGACCACUCAGGCCGGCGGUGGGGAGGCGCAGGUGGCGGAGAUGGAACAGCAGCUCUACACGGCCGUGUCGUCCACCUCCUCCUGGCUGGAUGGCGUGGAGAACAACGUCUUCUCCGGCUCGGUGCUGCUGGCCGAAAACCCAGAGACCCAGCUGCUGAAGCAAGAGGCCUUAGAGAACGACGUGAGGCACGUCACAGAGGAGGUGAAGCUCAGCCAGGCGCUGCUAGCCGGGUCUUCGGGCCUGAGGCAAGAGGACCGAUCGCUGCUCGAGGACAACCUCGACUGCCUGAAAGAGAGACUGGGAGCUCUGGGCUGCGCCCUGGGGCGACGCUGCGACCGCAUGAGGACCAGAGCGCACGAGCUCACAGACUACCAGACCGAGUUGCAACUUCUUCAAACUGCUUUAAUCGAGACAAAGUGCCAGAUCCUGCAGGCGUUAGCCGGAGCCAUGGAUAGACCCGCCUCGAGACAGCUGGAGGUUAUCGCCAGUGCCGAAGAGAGCCUGAAAGACUUUGAACACAAGAUCACGGAGCUCAAAACCAGAGGAGCGGCAUUGCAGGCGGAUCAGAUAUCAACAAACAAAAUACUAAAACUCCAGGAUUCCUACGAGGAGCUGGUGAUGACGGUGGGUUCCCGGCGCAGCGGGCUGAACCAGAACAUGGCGCUGAAGGAGCAGUACGAGCGCGCUCUGCAGGACCUGACGGACCUCGUGGACACGGCCAAAGACAAGAUGGCGGCCGAUCAGAGGAUCGUCGCCAGCUCUGUGGAGGAAGUCCAGAAUCACCUGGACAAACACAAGGAGUUCUUCCAGGGUCUGGAGUCCCAUAUGAUUCUAACGGAAACGUUCUUCAGAAAGAUCUGUGUUCUGAUGCUUCCCAAAGAGAGUCAGGCCCUGGAGGAGACGCUGGCCGAGGCUCAGAGCGUCCUGAAGGAGGCGCACAGCAAAGGGGUGGAGCUGGAGGGUCUCCUGGAGACCUGGUGCCGCUUGGUGCAGGAUUACCAAAGUCUGAACCAGCAACUGGCGUCAGUUGAAGGAAAUAUUCCCACUGUUGGCCUGGUGGAAGAGACUGAAGAGAGACUCGUGGACAGAAUCUCAUUAUAUCAGGGUCUAAAGGGGAGGCUGACAGAAUACCAGCACAAGCUCCACCAGGUGCUGGAGGAGGGCAAACAUCUCUUGCUGUCGGUGUGCUGUCCCGCGCUGGAGAACCAACUGGCGCUGCUCGGGGAACACUGGCUCAACAACACCAGCAAGGUCAACAAGGAGCUACAGCGGCUGGAGGCCAUCCUGAAACACUGGACCAGGUAUCAGAGGGAGUGUGCAGAGCUGAGCGAAUGGCUGCAGUCGGCUCUGGAGCGUCUGGAGUUUUGGAAUACGCAGGCGGUGUUAGUGCCACAGGAGCUGGAAACUGUCAGAGACCACCUCUCUGCUUUCCUUGAGUUUUCAAAGGAAGUCGAAGGCAAGUCCGGCCUGAAGGGCUCCGUGGUAUCCGAGGGCAACCAGCUGCUGCGCCUGAAGAAAGUGGACACGGUGGUGUUGCGGUCCGACCUGGCACGCACUGACACUCAGUGGACUGAGCUGCUCACACGCAUCCCAGUGGUCCAGGAGAAGCUGCAUCAGAUCCAAAUGGAGAAGUUGGCCUCCCGCCACGCCAUUUCUGAGCUGUUCAACUGGAUCUCGUUGAUGGAGAAUGUCAUCGAGGAGAAUGAAGAGAACCUCAAGAGCGCAGUGGGGUCCAACGUGAUCCAGGACUACUUGCAAAAACACAAGGGUUUCAGGGUAGAUCUGAGCUGCAAGCAGCUGACGGUGGACUUUGUCAACCAGUCGGUGUUGCAGAUCAGCGGUCAGGACGUGGAGAGCAAGCGCAGCGAUAAGACCGACUUUGCCGAGCGGCUGGGAGCCAUGAACAGACGCUGGCAGGUCCUGCAAGGCCGCAUCAACGAGAGGAUCCAGUUCCUCGAGAGCCUUUUAGAGAUGUGGCUGGAGUAUGAGAGCAGCGUUCAGGCCCUGAAGUCCUGGAUGGCGACUCAGGAAGAAAGGUUAAAGAGGAAACACCGGAUAGAGGAUCUAACAUCUGUGCAGAAUGCUCUCAAAGACUGCGAGGAAAUGGAAGAGUUGGUGAAGGAAAAGGAGAAAGAACUUGAGAGGGUGGAGGAGCAGGGCUGCGCACUCGUCCAGAACAAGACCGAUGAGGCCUGCGCUAUCGUCAUGGAGACACUCCAGGGUGUCAAUCACACCUGGGCUAACCUGGACCACUUGAUAGGGCAACUUAAAAUCAGCCUGAGUUCGGUGCUUGACCAGUGGAGUCUUUACAAGCGGGCUUCAGAAGAGAUCAAUGGCUACCUGAUGGAGGGAAGGUACUGUGUGUCUCGUUUCCGCCUUCUCACGGGAUCCCUGGAGGCCGUUCAGCUGCAGGUGCAAAGUCUGCAGGAUUUGCAAGAGGAACUGGAGAAACAGGAGAGCAGUCUAAGAAAGUUUGGUGCUGUGACCCACCAACUGCUCAGGGAGUGUCACCCUUCAGUGUCGGAUUCUCUCAACAACGCCCUUAAGGACGUCAAUGCAAGGUGGACCGGCUUGCUGGAGGAGAUUUCGGAACGUCUGAGAAGCAGCAAAGCCCUGCUUCAGCUGUGGCAGCGCUACAAAGAGCUUCACGAGCAGAGCUGCAGCAGCAGCCAGCUGCAGGAGGAGAAGGCCCACCGGCUCCUCAAGCUCGCCUGCAGCAAAGACAUCGCCGACGAGGAGGUGGCCGACUGGAUCCAAGAAUGCAGCGAGGUGCUCCGGUCUCAAGCUCCAGUCCAGGCCUCCUUGCAAGUUCUUCAGCAACUGGGAGAUCAGCUGAAGCAGCAGGUGGACACAUCGGCAGCGUCUGCCAUCCAGUCGGAUCACCUCUCGCUCACCCAGCGGCUGGCUGCUGUGGAACAGACGCUCACCAGACAGCUCACCACACUGCAGACUGGAGUUCAAGACUAUGAAAUCUUUAACGAUCAGCUGUAUUCAAUGGGCCGCUGGAUAGUUGAAGCGGAGCAGGCUCUGAAGGUGCAAGAUCCCAACGGCUCCACCGACCCAACCGUCAUCCAAGACCGCAUGGAGGAGCUCAAGAGGCUCAUGCUGAAAUUCAGCAGCAUGGCUCCUGAACUGGAGCGUCUCAAUGAACUCGGUUACCGGCUCCCUCUCAACGACUCGGAGAUCAAGCGCAUGCAGAACCUCAACAGGAGCUGGUCUACAGUCUCGGCACAGACCACGGAGAGAUUCAGCAAACUCCAGUCCUUCCUGCUGCAGCAGCAGACCUUCCUGGAGAAGUGUGAAACAUGGAUGGAGUUCCUGGUCCAAACGGAAGAGAAUCUGGCCGUGGAAAUCUCUGGGAACUACCAGAGUUUGACGGAGCAGCAAAUAGCUCACGAGUUAUUCCAAGCCGAGAUGUUCAGCCGCCAGCAGAUCCUCCACUCCAUCAUCAGCGAUGGACAGAAGAUGUUGGAGCAGGGUCAGGUGGAUGACAGAGAUGAGUUCAACCUGAAGUUGGCGCUCCUGAGCAACCAGUGGCAGGGCGUGGUGCGGCGUGCUCAGCAGAGGCGAGGCAUCAUUGACGGUCUGAUACGACAGUGGCAGCGCUACAGAGAAAUGGUGGAGAAGCUCCGCAAAUGGCUGGUGGAGGUCUCCCACGCCGCGGAAGCUCUUCAGACGGGGACUGCCGUGCCUCUGCAACAAGCCCGGUCCAAGCUGGACGCUGUCCAGCUGAAGGAGAAGGUGCUGCAGCGUCAGCAGGGCAGCUACAUCUUGACGGUGGAGGCCGGCAGACAACUGCUCCUGUCGGCCGACAGCCGGGCGGAGGUGGCCCUGCAGACGGAGCUCACCGAUAUCCAGGAGCGAUGGAAACACGCCAGCGUCUGCCUGGACGAGCAGAAGAAAGAGCUGACCACCUUGUUACGGGACUGGGAGAGGUGUGAGAGAGGAGUCGGUGGGUCACUGGAGAAACUCCGAGCCUUCAAGCGGCAGCUCUCUCAGCCUCUUCCCGAUCACCACGAGGAUCUGCAGGCCGAGCAGAUGCGCUGCAAGGACCUGGAGAACACAUUUGAUGGCUGGACUGGAGAUCUGGCCCAUCUGAAUGUGCUGCGAGAGUCCCUGUCCUGCUACGUCAGUGCUGAGGACCUGUCGGUCCUGCAGGAGCGAAUCGAGCUGCUCCAUCGACAGUGGGACGAAAUCUGGCACCAGCUGUCACUGCGCAGGCAGCAGCUGAGCGAGAGGCUGAACGAGUGGACGGUGUUCACUGAAAGGUACAGGGAGCUCUGCGAGUGGCUCACCAACAUGGAGAGCAAGGUUUCCCAAAACGGAGACAUCAGCAUUGAGGAGAUGAUCGAGAAGCUGCGCAAGGACUACCAGGAGGAGAUCACCGUGGCUGAGGAGAACAAGCUGCAGCUGCACCAGCUGGGAGAGCGUCUGGCCAGAGCCAGUCACACCAGCAAAGCGGCGGAAAUCGAGCAAAAACUCAACAAAGUCGGCGACCGCUGGCAGCACCUCCUGGACCUCAUCGGCGCCAGAGUGAAGAAGUUGAGGGAAACUCUGGUGGCCGUGCAGCAGCUGGAUAAGAACAUGAGCAGCCUCCGCUGCUGGCUGGCCCACAUCGAGACCGAGCUGUCCAAGCCCAUCGCCUACGACUCCUGCGACUUCCAGGAGAUUCAGCGGAAGCUCGAUCUGCAGCAGGAGCUCCAGCGCGACAUAGAGAAGCACAGCACCGGAGUGGCGUCCGUCCUGAACCUGUGCGAGGUGCUCCUGCACGACUGCGACGCCUGCGCCACCGACGCGGAGUGCGACUCCAUCCAGCAGGCGACCCGGAGCCUCGACCGCCGCUGGAGGAGCAUCUGCGCCUUGUCCAUGGAGAGGAGGCUCAAAAUUGAGGAGACGUGGCGUUUAUGGCAGAAGUUCCUGGAUGACUUUGCCCGAUUUGAGGAGUGGCUGGCCACUUCGGAAAAGACCGCCGCUCGGCCCAACUCCUCCGGUGUGCUGUACACCGUCGCCAAGGAGGAACUUAAGAGAUUUGAGGCCUUUCAGAGGCAAGUCCACGAAAGCCUCACCCAGCUGGAGUUGAUCAAUAAGCAAUAUCGCCGCCUGGCCAGAGAGAACCGCACCGACUCCUCCUGUCGCCUGAGGGAGAUGGCCAACGAUGCCAAUCAGCGGUGGGACAACCUGCAGAAGAGGGUGGCGUCCAUCCUGCGCAGGCUUAAGCACUUUAUUAGUCAGAGAGAGGAGUUCGAGACGGCCAGAGACGGCAUCUUGGUGUGGCUGACCGAGAUGGACCUGCAGCUGACCAACAUCGAGCACUUCUCUGAGUGUGACAUUCAGGCCAAGAUCAAACAACUCAGGUCCUUCCAACAGGAGAUCUCCCUCACGACAGCCAAGAUCGAGCACAUCUUCCACCAGGGAGAGGCGCUGAUGGAGAAGAGCGAGCCUCUGGACGCCGCCGUCAUCGAGGAGGAGCUGGAGGAGCUGCAGCGCUACUGCCAGGAGGUGUUCGGCCGAGUGGAGCGCUACUACAAGAAGCUCAUUCGGCUCCCCCUUGCAGACGACGACACCGAAGUGUCGUUCUCGGACCGAGAGCUGGAGCUGGACGAGCCCUGUGAUCUGUCCGGCCUGCCGUGGGGCGAGCGCAUGGGGGACGGCUUCCUGUCGCCGUUGCCCUCCUCCGGCCGCUCGGCCUCCCUGGCGCACCAGCUCCGGACCGAGCGCUCGGGCCGGGACACCCCGGCCAGCGUGGACUCCAUCCCCCUGGAGUGGGACCACGACUACGACCUGAGCCGCGGGCUGGAGAGCGCCAGCAGGGCCCUGAGAGAGCAGCAGAGCGAGGAGGGGGACUUCCUCCAGAGGCCCGCCUCGGCCCUGUCGGAUGUAGUGAUCCCAGACAGCCCAGAGGCCUAUGUUAAACUUACAGAACAAACACUGAGGUCCUCCACUGGAGAGGUCGCCGCCGCGGACUCGCAUGUCCACCCUCUGGACUCCAGCCGCUUCCACCUGCACCAAGCGGACGGCGGCCGCAGCCGAACGCCCACGAGCACCGAACUGGACGCCUCGUACAUGGGAUACAUGCGGCUGCUGGGCGAGUGUCGGGGCAGCAUCGACACAGUGAAGAGGAUGGGCUGCGAGCUGAAGGAGGAGGAAGACACGGGGUCUGGACUGGCAGAUCCAAGCAGCUCAGAAUCCCAGACAUCCGGAGUGAUUGAACGCUGGGAGCUCCUGCAGGCUCAGGACCUCAGCAAAGAGCUGCGCACGAAGCAGAACCAGCAGCAGUGGCAGCAGCUGAACUCUGACCUGAACAAAGUGUGGACCUGGCUGGGAGAGACGGAGGAAGAGCUGGAGCAGCAGCGGAGGCUGGACCUCAGCACGGACAUCCAGACCAUAGAGCAGCGCAUCAAAAAGCUCAAGGAGCUGCAGAAGGCGUACGACAAGCGCAAAGCCAUCGUGCUGUCCGUCAACCUGUGCAGCACCGAGUUUGUGCAGUCGGCCACGGAGGAGUCCCGAGAGCUGCAGGCCAAACUGAAAGACAUGAACAACCACUGGGACAAGCUGGGCAGCUCGCUGGAGGAGUGGAGGUGCUCCUUACAGGAAGCGCUCAUGCAAUGUCAGGACUUCCAUGAGAUGAGUCACGGCCUGCUGCUGUGGUUGGAGAACAUCGACCGCAGGAGGAACGAGGUGGUUCCCAUCGACCCCAUCCAGGACAGCGACACUCUCCACGAGCAUCACAAGAUACUUACGAAGAUCCGCCAGGAGCUGCUGGACUCGCAGCUCAAAGUGGCCUCGCUGCAAGACAUGUCCCUCCAGUUGCUGGUCAACUCUCAGGGCAGCGACUGCCUGGAGGCCAAAGAGAAGGUCCACGUCAUCGGGAACCGCCUCAAGCUGCUGCUUAAGGAGGUGACCCGAGACCUCCGAGAGCUGGCCAAGAUUCUGGACAUCACCAGCAGUCAGCAGGAUCUCUCAUCUUGGUCAUCUGCCGAUGAGCUGGACACCUCCGGCUCCCUCAGUCCUGUAUCAGGAAGGAGCACGCCGAGUCGACAGCGCUCGCAACGGGGCAAAUGUAGUGUGUCACAGCCUGGACCCUCUGUGAGCAGUCCACAGCACAGGUCUCUCAGCGACGCUGGAUCCGCUUCCUUCCCUUCUGACUCGUUGGCGGUUCCUAGACCCUCGUUCCUGCGGCGCGUCCUCCGGGUGGCGCUGCCCCUGCAGCUCGCCAUGCUCCUGCUGGUGGUCCUGGCCUUCCUGCUGCCCAUGACCGAGGAGGACUACUGCGGUCAGUCCAACAACCUGGCUCACUCCUUCUACCCGAUGCUCAGCUACACCAACGGGCCUCCUCCGGUGUAGACCGGCUGCAUCUUCGUUGCAGCUGGAUGACCUCGACUGGAGAUCGAGGUCCUUUUUGAAGAGGUCAAUCGUGUUGGGAGCAACAAACAAAAAAAAGAUCUCGGUCAUCCAUUUGUGCUCCACAGUCGAUAUCUUAGUGUAGCGCAUCAAGCAUCUCACUAUGUUCCUCUGUGUGGGUUCAGGACACAGUGGACCUUACUGGAUGGAUGAACUGGAGGUCCAUUCAGUGGAAUAUACAUACAUGUAUACACAUAUAUAUGUUGUAUUUCUCUGAAGAGAUCUAGCACCAAAGGUAAAUGCUGAAUUAUAGCCUGUGAAUUUUGCUUGUCACUCAAAAAUGUGCAAAAACAAAACACACAAAAAAACCAUUUAAUACAUCUUACAUUGCAAUUAUUUUUUUACCUGUAAUAUUCUGGCAUGCGGUUCCGAUCUUUGCUUUUUUUUUUAAUUUACUCACGUCCGUCGCUGUGUCCAUUUUUAAACUUGAAUUACAUUGAUUCAUUCAAAAAAAAGAUUAUCUGUCAGCCAAGUCGUGUGUUUUAAUAAUCAAAGAUCAUUUAAAGAGUUUAAUCAGUCACUCGUUGUCUUUAUACAUUUUGUCGUUUUAUUUUUUAACAAAAGAUUUAAAAAAAAAAUAUUUUAGGAUGGAGAAUUUUGACAUAUAGAAGAACUAUUGUAUAAUGUGUAUGACUGUCGGUAUCAAAUGUAUAACCAGGAUUAUUUAACAUGUGUAUAUAAUGGAUAUAAAUUAGUCUGAAAAAUGUAUGUAUGUAUAUGCGACCAUCAAAAACAAUGAAUGCCAAAUCCUCAUGUUUA